GGGAAGAAAAUAUACAUACUAACCCUAAAAAGUGGUUAUAAAUUAAUUAAUAAUAAAUAAUUUACUUUGUAUUUUGAUAAAAACGUCGAUUUUUCAUUGUGUUAAGAUGUUUAAUACUGGUUAAAAUAGAUAUUUGUUACCAAAACAACAUUAACAUGGCAUUGUCAUUGGUAUUAAGAUCUCAAAAAAUAAUAGGUUUAAGUAGAGUUGUACCACCACUAAUAUAUCCAAGCUGUAACAAAUUCUACCAAGUCAGAGAAGUACACAGAAAAUCAGUUUAUAAAACCGAAGAAGCCAAAAAAGUUAGAUUCUAUAUUUUAAAUAGAUUUGUGGAUUUUUUAAAGAACUAUGACCAAAUUCUUGAAAAAAAUUUUCCUACCACCAUGAAAACUUACAAAGUUUUCAUGGAGGGUAUAAAAGAUUUUAUUACAGAGAUGAGAGAGUAUUUUAAGAUAGUACGAAUGCUAAAUAGCUCAGCUGGUUCAUAUACAAAGCUUCUAAGAAGAGAAAUUGAGUUAUACUACCAGAUGCCAAAGGAUAUGUUUAAAGUGGCACCUACUUUAAUUUUCUCUACUUUACCAUUCGCUUUUUAUGUGUUAUUGCCUUUGAUUUAUGCUUUUCCCAAACAACUUCUGACACCCCACUUCUGGACACUCGAACAAAGAGCUAAAUUUAAAACUGAAUAUUUGCACGACAGACUUGUACAUAAUAAACCUGUUUUUAGACAUUUGCAGCUACAAUUGAAUUUUAUCAAGCACAACAAAGAUAGUUGUAUUUACGAGACUUGGUCAAAAGUACUUGGACAGCUGGGAAGUGGAGUGCAACCAACUGUUGAGGAUAUACUUUCUUGUAAAGAUUUAUUUAUGGACGAGCCUUAUCACUUGCUGUAUUUGAGUAGAAACCAUAUAUUACACUUGGUGAAGAUACAUAAUAUACAUCCUGGUUGGUUUCGUAGGACAAGAUUGGCUGACAGGGCACUUAUUUUAAUAGAAAUGGAUAAAGCAAUAAUGCGCGAAGGCGGUGUACAUAACUUACCAUCAGAAGCUUUAAAAACUGCUUGUUACAUUCGAGGAUUAAAUCCAACCAAUGUGGAUGAAAAAUAUUUAGUCAAAUGGUUGUCACAAUGGAUCAAAAUUUCCAAUGAAAUCAAUAAAGAAAAUUUAUCGUUGCUUUUACAUUGUCCAAUAUUAUUAGGUUAUAACGAACCUUCAAAUUGGAGCCUUAUUUACCCCAAAAAGUAGUUCCUUAGCUUUAAGCAAAAUAAAUGUACAUAUCUCUAAAAGACCAAAAAUCUUUAUGAUUAAGCUAACUUACUUAACCAAAUUUUAGUGCAAUUCCUCAUAAUUCGAAGCCACUAAUCAUAAAUAUUUUUGACCACAAUGUAUUGUCUUGUUAUAGUAUAAAUAAAGAUUUUUGUUAUUAA